CAAGGCUGGGGCUCUGCAGGAAAAGGAGCGAAUCCUUUUGCUGCCAGCAGACAGCAGAAGUUAUUUGCUCUGCCUGGGCAGCGAGGAGAUGAGGGGUGCUGGGCUUUGCCUUAUCACACAGCAGGCAGGAGCGCUGCAACAAGACAUUUCUGGGAAACGAGCUCCGGCAAACAGCAGCAACAUCUUAAUGAGCAGAGGCAUUGCAAGAGUCGGACAGAGUAGCAAUUAGAUUAGUGACAAUUAAAAUCCUGUAGCGAGGGAUAAAUAUCUUUAUUCAUUUUCUGUCACUUCGGACUGGGACAAAUUAAGUAGGAGGCAGAGGGAAAUUCUUGCCUUGCUGCUUUGAACUCUCCCACUAAUGGAUGCGGAGUCUGGCGGGUGCUGGGGGAGAGGAGAGGGAGCGGGCGUGGGGGGACACACUGUGUAGCCCCCCCCUGCUGCCCCUGCCUGGCUCGCUGGGACCAUUGGGCGGUGGAUUCAGGUGUUUUGCUCAUUGCAAAACUGCUUUCUUUUGCUUUCUUUUGUUGCUUUUCCUUCUGUGGAAUAAAAACGAAGGGGUCCAAGUGAGCCCUGGGUGCAAUGCUGCCGUGCUUGGGAACCUUGCAUCUCCCCCUCUCCCAUGGGAGCCACUUGGCCCUGAGCAGAGCCGUCCAUCAGCAGCUCUCCUGGGUGGGCUCCCCAGCUGCUUGCGCUGCCUCUGCAUCGGUACCUCUGUCUACUGCGACGACGCCGACCUGGAGCACAUCCCGCUGCUGCCCCCGGACACCACCUACCUCUACGCCCGCUUCAACCGCAUCAGCGCCAUUUGGGCCGGCGAUUUCACGGGGCUGAAGAAGCUGAAGCGAAUAGACCUGACGAGCAAUUCCAUCUCCUGGGCGGACGCGGACGCCUUCCGCCUCCUGCCCAGCCUGCAGGAGCUCAUCCUGCCCGAGAACAGGCUGACGGCGCUGCCUGAGCUGCCCCGCAGCAUCGUCAGGCUGGACGCCCGUCUCAACAGGAUCCCCAGCACCGGCCUCCAGCCCGAAGCUUUCCGGGACCUGAAGCAGCUGCAGUUUCUCCAUCUGUCCGAUAACCAGCUGGACUACGUCCCCACACCCCUGCCCGAGAGCCUGCGCUCCCUGCACCUCCAGAACAACAACAUCCAGACCAUGCACAAGGACACGUUCUGCGACAGCCAAGACCACAGCCACAUCCGCAGGGCGCUGGAGGACAUCCGCCUCGAUGGCAACCCCAUCAACCUCAGCCUCUUCCCCAACGCCUACUUCUGCCUGCCCCGCUUGCCCACGGGACGCUUCGCCUGAGCCCCACUGCUGGCUGCUCUUGGAGAGCAUCCCCGGGCCCCCACACCCCACCGGCACCCCCCUAUUUCUUGCUGUCCCAUGGGAAAUGUGGGGUUAAGGCGUUUAACCCUGGGCGAGCUGAGCCUCUGUGUGUGGGUGAAUUCGUCUCUGGGGCAAACGGAGCGGAGUGUGGGCAGCUGUAAUAAAAUGAAGACUUUAAAA